GAGUGCGGCGCGCAAGUCCGCACCGGCGCAGUCGCAGGGUCAGCAGAGCGGGUUUGGAGCAGGCCUAGUGAGCCCCCGCGCCUGUGCGUUGGUCGCGUGUGGGGAGGGCUAUAGGUGUGGGGUUCGAUACCAAGGCGACACUGGCAGCUCCUGGGUACUCCCUGCCAUUUCCUUUUUCUUAUCCCCGUCUUCUCAGUGUGAUUUUUUUUGACUUCACUUUUGCAAAGAUUGACUUUGCCUCAGCUUCAGCAAACUCAUCGUCUAAGAUUGGUGGGUGUGUAUCAUAUGUUUACAAGUCACUGGGAGUUAAGCAUAACACAUACAAGCUGGAAAGCCAAAUAAGGAAAUGUAUUUUUUCUCAGUUGUAGUUUAACUUGUAAGUUAAAUUCAGUGUUAGCUUAAAAUGGUUUAAAUAGUUAAUUACAGAACAUAGUUGAAAUAGAAUUGAUAAUUGUAAUAGUAAAUGAUUGAACAUAUUUAAAUAUACCAUCUAACAUUUAGUAUAGCUUAGUUGCAUUUUGGUUCUACCACAGAACAUUUGAAAAGCUCCACUGUGUGGCAGUAAAGUUACUGUAGUCAAUUUAAAUAAAUUUGGCAGAAGUUAUUAACUUGCAUCUACAUGUAACUAAAACUUUGACUUGUCUGAUAUACAUUUGUGUUAUAUACAUGUGACUAAAAUUUUGACCUAUCUGGCAUACAUUUGUGUUAAAAUAGUGAGUAUAUUUCCAAAAAUAGGGAUUUGGCCCAUGUGAGGAAUUGCAGCUCUGCUUUGGAUGCCAGAACAAUUUUUUCCUUUUAUCAUUGGUAACAUUCUUGAGGGGUUUUUUUUUGCUAUCACUUUGAAGUCUGGAAUAUUAAUUAAGUCUCUCCACUGAUGAUGAUUAUAGUACAGAGACCUAAGUGAUGGUUCCAUGCACAUAAAGUUAUAUGUAUGUAGCCUUUGACCUUGCUGCUGCUGAUCACUUUUCCUUAACUAUUUGCAUGUUAUACCUUUCAUUUUAGCUUUUUGUUAAGGUCUUCAGUAUGAAAAAAAUAUAAGAAUGAUUCUUAACAGUAUGCAUAAAAAAGUCACAUAAGAAAAAAUGUCAUACCUUAGCCCUAUACUUUGGAAAGUUAUUUAAGCAUUUUAUAAGCAAUUUUUCUUCUGGUUUCCUAUUGUGAAGACUAUAUCUAAGAAAUUUAUGAGUAACAUGAUAGACUACCAACAUGUUCAUGUAACUAGAGAGAAAUUAAAUAUAAAGUGUAUUAAUCAGCAUUUGUGAACUGCAAGUAAAUAGCAUUCCAACUCCAAGUAAUCAUAUGGGUUAUAAACCAUAAAACAAUUUUCAUUAUAGUAAAAGCAAUGCUAAUUUGAUGUGGCAUAUAUUUUUAAAAAGUAUCUUAUACAGCAUUUUUUGAAUAAAGCUCCUUUUGCUUAAUAGUUACAAAUUAUUAAAGUUUUGAUUAUUCAAUGGCUUGAAAUUUGAAACGACUUUUAAAAAUAUAAUAUACAUCAUAUGAGAAUUUGGGUUCAAAUACUUUUUAAAUGUCUCGUAAAUAUAGAAGAUUUUAAAAUAGUUUAUGUACUGUGGGCAUGGUUAUGUUAUAUUCACUACUGUCAGGAUUUUAAGUCCUGAAAUUAGUAACCAAAUGUUUUUUGUUUGUUUUUAUGUUUUGAAAAAGGCUAAAGCCAGUUUUUAGGUUGGCUUGGGCAGAAAAGUGAAAAGAGAAUGCUCCACUUUAACCGAUGUCAGCAUCUGAAACAAAUAACUGAGAAAUGUUUUUCUGUUAUACAUGUUAACAUGGAUAAACAUCCACAGCUAUUUCUUUCAAGAACCUUUGUGCUUGCGGAAUUAAGGAAGUCAUGGCACUCAACCCAUUCUCUUGUUGGAGACAAAAAUAUUAUCCUGAUGGGACCGCCUGGAGCUGGGAAAACAACAGUAGGCAGAAUAAUAGGUCAGAAACUAGGUUGUUGUGUCAUAGAUAUGGAUGAUGAUAUCCUUGAAAAAACCUGGAAUAUGAGUGUGUCUGAAAAAUUACAGGAUGUUGGUAAUGAACAAUUUUUAGAAGAGGAAGGAAAAGCCGUGUUAAACUUCUCUGCAUCUGGAAGUGUAAUUUCCCUUACUGGGUCCAAUCCAAUGCAUGAUGCUAGCAUGUGGCAUUUGAAGAAAAAUGGAAUCAUUGUAUACUUGGAUGUACCUCUAACAGAUAUAGUUAGCCGUCUAAAAUUAAUGAAAAUAGAUAGGAUUGUAGGUCAGAAUUCUGGGACAUCUAUGAUAGAGUUACUUAAAUUAAGAAGACAGUAUUACAAGAAAUGGUACGAUACCCGUGUUUUUUGUGAAAGUGGAGCUUCCCCAGAGAAGGUAGCUGACAAAGUGCUUAAUGCAGUUAAAAGAUAUCAAGAUGUGGACUCAGAAACAUUCAUUUCAACAAGACACAUUUGGCCUAAAGACUGUGAACAAAAGAUUUCAACAAAAUUCUUUAGCGAAGUUGUGAUUGAGGGGUUAGCUUCUGAUGGUGGACUCUUUGUUCCUGAGAAGGAAUUUCCAAAAUUAAACUCUGGGGAAUGGAAAAGCCUAGUAGGAGCAACCUAUGUAGAAAGAGCACAAAUACUAUUAGAAAAGUGUAUACAUCCUGCUGACAUACCUGCUGCCAGAUUGGGAGAAAUGAUUGAAAAGGCUUAUGGGGAAAACUUUACCUGCUCAAAAAUUGCCCCUAUCAGGCACCUUUCUGGCAACCAGUUCAUCUUGGAGUUGUUUUAUGGACCAACAGGAUCAUUUAAAGAUUUAUCUUUACAACUUAUGCCUCAUCUUUUUGCAUACUGUAUCCCACCAAGUUGUAAUUAUAUGAUACUUGUAGCAACUUCAGGAGACACAGGGAGUGCUGUCUUAAAUGGUUUUAGUCAUCUUAAUGAUAAUGACAAACAAAGAAUAGCCGUGGCCACAUUUUUUCCUGAGAACGGAGUAAGUGAUUUUCAAAAAGCACAAAUAAUUGGUAGUCAGAAAGAAAAUGGAUGGGCAGUGGGUGUCAAGUCAGAUUUUGAUUUUUGCCAGACAGCUAUAAAGAGAAUUUUUAAAGAUUCCAAUUUUACUGGCUUUCUUACUGUGGAAUAUGGAACAAUCUUAAGUUCAGCUAAUUCCAUAAACUGGGGACGACUGCUUCCCCAAGUAGUUUAUCAUGCUUCUGCAUAUCUUGAUCUUGUUAGCCAAGGAUUUAUUUCUUUUGGAAGCCCAGUGGAUGUCUGUAUUCCCACAGGAAAUUUUGGUAACAUUUUAGCUGCAGUGUAUGCCAAAAUGAUGGGGAUUCCUAUUCGGAAAUUUAUUUGUGCCUCUAAUCAGAACCACGUUUUGACUGAUUUUAUAAAAACAGGACAUUAUGAUCUAAGGGGAAGAAAAUUAGCACAAACCUUUUCACCAGCAAUAGAUAUUCUCAAAUCUUCAAACCUGGAACGACACUUACACUUGAUGGCUAGUAAAGAUGGACAAUUAAUGACAAAAUUAUUUAAUCAAUUAGAAGAGCAGCAUCACUUCCAGAUAGAAAAGAUUCUAGUUGAGAAACUUCAACAGGAUUUUGUAGCUGAUUGGUGCUCUGAGGGGGAAUGCCUAGCAGCUAUCCACUCCACCUACAAUACUUCGGGGUAUAUUUUGGACCCACACACUGCUGUUGCAAAAGUGGUUGCAGACAGAAUGCAAGACAAGACUUGUCCAGUGAUAAUCUCAUCUACAGCCCAUUACUCAAAGUUUGCACCUGCUAUCAUGCAAGCUUUAAAGAUUCAAGACAUCAACCAAACUUCAUCAAGUCAGCUUUAUUUAUUGAGUUCAUACAAUGCUUUACCUCCACCACAUGAGACUAUACUAGAGAGAACAAAACAGCAAGAGAAGAUGGAGUACCAGGUCUGUGCAGCUGAUGUGAACGUCCUGAAGAGUCAUGUGGAAAAACUAAUACAAAAACAGUUCACAUAAAAGUUUUCUGAGUAAAAUAUUUUUUUCUGGUAAUAAGCAUGCAGUAAUAAAUCACAAAAGUUGAUUUGGAGUACAAUAGCAUUUUUAAUUUAAAUAUUUCUGUCUUUAUUGUUAUCUUCUGGAAGUUCAAUAGCCUAAUCUCUACAACUGAACUUUGUACCUGCACAUGCUCCUUGGAUCAUUAAUCUGGAAGUGACAAAAGGGAAGCAUCGUGCAUGGACCCUUGUGCUGUUGUGCUGUGUUUGGAUAUAUCGGUUUCCACUUCCUUACCCCCACUUUUAGGUGGACUAAAAUGUCUGAUAUUCAAUUUAGCAAUUGAAAUAUUUAAGCACAGUUGCUAACUACUAUAUCUGUAAUCAUUACUAGUUCUCUGUUGAUGAGAAAGAUAAUUUACCACUCAAAUGGCUAACUUGUCUGUAUGAAGUAGUAAGCUCAUCUAUUAAAGUUGAGUCAGUGUUUUUAACUUUAUUUAGAAUUCAUUUGGGUUCAAAUAAUUGUGUGUAUGUUACACCAUCCAAAUUAGAUAAGUACUCUGUCCUUCACUCCCAUUUGGAUGUUUAUAGUUACAGUAUGUAGUUUGAAGAUCAGGAUUCAGAAAUAAAAUGACCUAUUUCAAGAGAAAAAAAUUUUCAAAAUUCAGUGUGUGUAAAUACUUUUAAUUGAAGUAUAUUUACAGGUAGCCGUUUCCCUGUAUAUUAAUUGUCUCUCUUUACAAUGAAGAGUGUCUUUUUGACAACUAAAACCAUACACAACUGAUGCAUAUAUUUAAUUCUUUCUUUGUCGUAACAAUACAUUUUAACAAGACAUUUGUGAAUUUACUGAAUUUUUUUUUCUGAAUUAAAGAUUGUCACUGAGCCCUGGCCAGGUAGCUCAGUUGGUUAGAGUGUUGUCCAGAUACGCCAAGGUUGAGGUUUGAUCCCUGCUCAGUGCACAUACAGGUAUCAACCAAUGAAUGCAUAAAUAAGUGGGUCAACAAAUCAGUUCCCUCUCUCUCUCAAUAAAAAAAAGAAGAUUGUCAUUGAAAGGACCUGUUAGUGUAAUGGACUACUCUCAACCACGAGAUGGCAUUCCUAACAUGAUUUGUCAUUGCUGAUAAUAUUUUACUUCAUUUUCCGGGAGAACUACCUCCAU